AUGGCUCUGAAGAUGAUGUCUAAGGAACGCACAGGGAGACGGGAGUUUCUGCGAGAAUACUGUAUCUCUCUCUGCCUUUCCUCACACCAUGCCCUUGUGCGAACCAUUGGCAGUGCUUUUGAGACGUCCACACAUUAUGGAUUUGCACAAGACCUGGCACCAGCUGGGGAUCUCUGUACUAUUCUGAGUUCAGAGGAGGGCCUUCCUGAAGUGCAGGUGAAACGCUGUGCAGCCCAGUUGGCUGAAGCUCUGGAUUUCAUGCAUGGCAAAGCCUUAGUGCACAGGGACAUAAAGCUAGACAAUGUAUUGCUUUUUGACAGAGAGUGUCACCAUGUGAAACUGGCUGACUUUGGUCUGACGCGACUGGAAGGCGCAAAAAUAGCAGCCAUGUCUGGCACCCUGCCUUAUUCCCCACCUGAACUGUGCCUGUUAGAAGGCACAGAGACUCUGUCUCUGGACUCCAGUCUGGACGUCUGGGCCUUUGGGGUGCUGCUGUUCUGCCUCUGCACUGGCUGCUUCCCUUGGGAUGUAGCAAUGAGCCCUGAUCCUCAGUUUGAGGAAUUUGGCAUCUGGCAGAACCGCACAGUGCCAGGGGAGGCUCCAGGCCUGUGGAAAACCUUCACAACUCACCUCUUGGAGAUGUUCCGCCGCUUAAUGACCAUUGACCCUGAUCGUCGCAGUCCUGCUAUUGAAGUGCACAAAUAUUUACGUCUGCCUUGGCGGGUAAACACAUGUGGUGGGACACAGAAUCCCCCAGGUGUUGCUCUCAAAGGAGCAGAUUUUGAUGGCUUCCUCAGUGGCCCUACUGAGAACACUAUUGACCCGGACAGCAGCUCUAAGGGGAAUUGUAUUGAGCAAAUGCAACCAGAAGUGGUUGUCUCAGAGAAAACCCAUGCCAUACAAAUGGGUCCCAGUUCUGGAAGCAAUUGCAACCCACAGGAAGGCUCAAGGUUAGCUGAGUCUGGGCUCCAACCUUGAAGAAAGUCUUUAAUGAGUAAAUAACCCCCUUCUGUGAGCAGAUCAAAUGGAGCUUAAAGGCCCAAGUUAAAAAGGGAGGACUUAGCAGUACUAUGAAGCUAAGGAGGAGCUUUCAGAACACUUGGUGAAGUAGUGCCACUUGCCCACUCUGUUAGUCAGGGCAGAGUAGAACUAGCCACUCAGUAGAGACAGCUCUGUGACCAGAGGUUGGUUAGUAGUGAUAUCAAUAUGACAAUUUUAGAGAUAUCAAUCUUCACUUCUUUCAUUUUCACACAACCAAGAACAAAUAAUUUCAAGGUUGUUUCCCUACUGGGAAAGAUUACUUGAGUUUUUGAACAUUUUGUAUUUUUUUUAAUAUUUCAGGACAAUUUUUUGAAAAAAAAAAUCAUUUGCACAAAAACAGUGGAUUUUUAAAAUUUCCGUACUAAAAAAAUUAUCCUUCCUCAAAUUCUCACAGUGAUUGGCCACUUUCUCAGUAGAAUGGCCCAAGCUGUGAAGACACCCCUUUCUUUUAGUGGAUGACAAAAUGCACAAGUAAACUUUACACAACAAUUUCCAUUUAAUUAUCUGAACAGCAACACCAUCCUAGAAGUUAUGAGUUGAUUCCAGACCAGUAUUUUUCCCCCCUGGAACUGCCAUCCUUUGUUUAUCCAUUUUUGUAUGCAGUAGUUAGUAAUAUUUUUAUCAAGUUACUGAAGUUCAGUUUUUUCUAUGUAAUUCUUGCAACUUUACUCCAGAAAUCUGAUUUGUGGAGCUUUUUAAGAAGUGAAAUUAAGGCUUCUCUGGGCUCCUGUUUCUUUAAACAAAUGUCCUCUCUUUGCAGAUAAUGUUUACUUUAUUGCUUCCUAAUACAAGGUUAGUGUUGAACGCUUGUUAAUGCCUCUCAAAGAGCCUUUCAGAUUUAUCAGAAUGUCAGUUUAUAUUUUCCAGGAUAAAUUUAAUUAUUUCCAUGAAAUAUUUUUACAAUCUUUCUUCCUCACUCCUGCCAUUGUCCUUUGUGGUUGACAAUUUGAUGUUGUUUCACUAUAGCUGCAUCUACACUACAGAAUAAGUGCAGUUUGAUACCGCUUUAACUGCAUUGGCU